AUGCUAUUUAUUGCGCCAUCGCUGGGCUUGACAGCCGUGCUGAUCGGAGCGGUCUUACCCUCACUGCUUCUCAUCUAUGGCUUCACCAGGUUCUACGCGGCACGCGCAAAGUUUCUGCGCCUGCAAAAGGCCGGCUCGGAAGUUCCAUCCGGCUACAGUUUUCUCUGGGGCCAUUUGGGUCUCAUAGCGUCUUUGAAAAGCCAACAUCCGCCUGACGCAAUAACCGAUGUUGCCGUAGCCCAGCUAGCCAGAGACUUUCCGGGCGGACUAUUCUACCUCGACUUCUGGCCCUUCAGCUACGGCCACCUCGUUAUAGCGAGUGGGCAGGUGGCCGCGCAAAUGGAGAAGCACGAAGUUGAUCUGCCGCAUGGAGAUGACAUCGAUAAACCGCUGGAUGUCAUGUGCGGAGGGCGGAGUCUGGUGACCAUGAGCGGGGACGUCUGGAGACAGUGGCGGAAACUGUUCAACUCGAGUUUUAGCGAGAGAAAUAUGCUGGAGAUGGCGGCGGGGAUUGCGCGGGAGGUCGAGAUGUUUUGUGGGAAGUUGAGGGAAAGGGCAGGGAGUGGCGAGGUGUUUGAAUUGGAGCAGUUGACGGCGGAUUUGACCAUGGAUGUUAUUGGGAGUAUGGCGCUUGGCACCCGCCUCUGUCACCAGCACAAGGAGAAUCCACUCGCAGCCGACCUUCGCACCCAAGCGGACUGGAUAGCCUUCAAUCCCAUCAUGGGCCCCUGGAAGCGCUGGAGAGCGAUGUGGUCGCCCUCUUUCCGCCAACGCAAUCGUCGAAUCCGCGACUACGUUGGUAAAGAGCUCGACAAGCGCUUCGCCGAGCUGCAAGACCCCACCUCCAGCACACGCAGCUCAAAGUCCAUCAUCUCGCACGCUCUGGCCAACUACCUCGAAACGACGACGUCCAGAGCAACCAACAACGAAAAGCCAGUCCCACUCGAACCAACCUUCAGAAAAACCCUCACCUCGCAAACCCUCCUCUUCCUCACCGGCGGCCACGAAACAACAAGCACAACCCUAAUCUUCAUCUACCACAACCUCUCCACCUCCCCCACCUCCCUCUCCCGCCUGCGCGCCGAACACACCGCCGUCUUCGGCCCCUGCACCUCCCCCUCCCACAUCCUCUCCCUCCUCGCCUCCUCGCCCGAGCUCCUGAGCCAGCUCCCUUUCACCCUCGCCGUCAUCCGCGAGACGCUGCGCUUGUAUCCGCCCGCCGGCGGCAUCCGCGUCGGCAGCCCGUUGGUCAAUCUGGUCGACGACAACGGGAAGGUGUUUCCGACGGCCGGGCUGAAGAUCUGGACGAACCAUCUGGCGAUCCAUCGCAAUCCAAGGGACUGGAAGGAUCCGCAUCGGUUUUGGCCGGAAAGGUGGUUGGCGAGGGAGGGAGAGGCGGAGAUUGAGAUGGCGCCGAAGAAGGGCGCUUGGAGGCCUUUUGAGUGGGGGCCCAGGAGCUGUCUCGGACAAACGCUCGCAAUGAUGGAGUUGCGCAUCGUGCUAUUAAUGACAGCCCGCGAGUUCGAUAUCAAGCCCGCGUACGCAGAAGACGCCGAGAGGGUGUGGGGUUCGCAGGCGUAUAUGACUGCGGGGAAGGGCGUGGGCGCGAAGCCGAAUGCCGGGUAUCCAUGCACGGUGGGAUUUGCGUCGAAGGGGGAUGGGAGGAGCGGAUGA